AUGGUCAGCUCGUGUUGUGGCUCCGUCUGCUCUGACCAGGGCUGUGGCCAAGACCUCUGCCAGGAGACCUGCUGCAGCCCCAGCUGCUGCCAGCCCACCUGCUGCAGGACCACCUGCUGCCGCCCCAGCUGCUGCGUGUCCACCUGCUGCAGGCCCCAAUGCUGCCAGUCCUCGUGCUGCCAGCCCACCUGCUCUCAGCCCCGCUGCUGCAUCUCCAGCUGCUGCAGGCCCCAAUGCUGCCAGUCUGUGUGCUGCCAGCCCACCUGCUCUCAGCCCCGCUGCUGCAUCUCCAGCUGCUGCAGGCCCCAAUGCUGCCAGUCUGUGUGCUGCCAGCCCACCUGCUCUCAGCCCCGCUGCUGCAUCUCCAGCUGCUGCAGGCCCCAAUGCUGCCAGUCCUCGUGCUGCCAGCCCACCUGCUCUCAGCCCCGCUGCUGCAUCUCCAGCUGCUGCAGGCCCCAAUGCUGCCAGUCUGUGUGCUGCCAGCCCACCUGCUCUCAGCCCCGCUGCUGCAUCUCUAGCUGCUGCAGGCCCCCGUGCUGCCAGCCCUCCUGCUGCCACACCACUUGCUACCGCCCCACCUGUGUCAUCUCCACCUGCCCCCGCCCCACGUGCUGUGCCUCCUCCUGCGGGACCACCUGCUGCCGCCCCAGCUGCUGCGUGUCCACCUGCUGCAGGCCCCAGUGCUGCCAGUCUGUGUGCUGCCAGCCCACCUGCUCUCAGCCCCGCUGCUGCAUCUCCAGCUGCUGCAGGCCCCCGUGCUGCCAGCCCUCCUGCUGUGGCUCCAGCCCCUGUGGCUCCAGCUGCUGCCACCCCUGCUGCUGCCUGCGCCCCGUCUGUGGCCGGGUCUCCUGCCACACCACUUGCUACCGCCCCACCUGUGUCAUCUCCACCUGCCCCCGCCCCACGUGCUGUGCCUCCUCCUGCUGCUGA